CAUCAAGCCCACCCUCUACAUAAGUGACUUUAGGUGACUAAGGGACGGUUUAUUUAGCCUAAAAGAACUUGAAUCAGUUUAAUUCGCUCCGGUGCCACAGGAUACGAAGUGAUUUUGAUAUUUUUCCAGGAUUCACGCGGUUUUUCGGACGCGUCCUGAGUGCGCUCUGGCGCUGACGCACCGCUGGAGAGCCUGAUGCGCGCUGGAGAAAACCAGGGCUUUGCGCAAACACCACAUCCCCAUGUCAUUAUGAGUUAGAUUAAUCACUUUCACCCACUCGAGACACAAGAAAAGCACUUUUUUUAGACAAAGGGAGGUCUUAACUGGAAGUUUUCAUGCAGGACGCAUGGAGGAUCCGGUGUAAAGGUGCUCGAAGGAUGCCGUCCCGUACUGGGUCCAGGACAUCUGGCUGCUGGAUGCUGCAGUUUGUCCUUUACAUCUGAGAGCGAUGGCUUCUGAGGUGGUGUGUGGUCUGAUCUUCAGAGUGCUGUUGCCAGUGUGUCUGGCGGCAGCAUGUCUGUUCAGGUACAAUGGACUGUCCUUCAUCUACCUCCUCUACCUCCUCCUCAUCCCGCUGUUCCCCGAACCCUCCAGCAUAACCAUGCAAGGCUAUACGGGACACUUGCUGAAGUCUUUAUGCUUCUGCAGUAUGACCUUCCUUUUCAUCCACAUCGUCUAUCAAAUCACCAUCCACAGUUUGCUGGCUGCAAACUCUAUUGAUUCUGCAUUCAACUGUUCGGUGUGGGAGAAGUCAAUACGACAGAUUGGCUUUGAAAGUGUUAUUGGUGCAGAUGCAGGCAAUGGUAUCCGGGUUUUCCUGCCGGAUAUUGGGAUGUUCAUGGCCAGUCUGUCCGUGUGGCUGCUGUGCAGAAAGCUGGUCCACAAGCGUCCCAGUGAAGAAAUGGCCCAGGACAACCACGACUUUGAGCCAGAGGAGAAGGAGGAGGAUGACGAGAAGGUGGAAAAUGAUGACGAUGGUGACGACGAGAUGCUCUAUGACGAGGACUUUGAUGCAGAAGAUGAGGCAGAGGAUGAGGACGGGGAGGGAGGAGUUCUGGAGGAGGAAGAGGAGGAGGAGGAAGAGGUGCAGGAGAGCACAAAGAUGAAGAUUCUGCGUAGAGUAGCAGGAGUGGCAACUAAACUCAAAGAGAUCAUCGGUAACCUCAUCACAACCGCUGGACAAGUGGUGGUUACCGUUCUGCUGGGAUUAACAGGUGUCACGCUGCCCUCUCUGAGCUCAGCGGUCUACUUCUUUGUGUUUUUGGGGUUGUGCACAUGGUGGUCGCUCUGCAAGACUUUUGACAAGCUCCUCUUCAGCUGUCUGUGUGUCCUCAUGGCCAUCUUCAGUGCUGGUCAUCUCAUCUUACUUUAUUCCAACCAGUUCCAGUUCCUGCAAGAGGCCAUCAGCCUCAACGACAGCUACACCAGUUUGUUUGGCAUCUCCUCCAUCGUUCGAACUGACUGUUCCUCAACCUGGAAGCUUGCUGUCAACAGUGGCCUGAACUGGCACCAUUUUGUCAAUCCCAUCAUGCUCUUGGUCCUGUACUACACAUUGGCCACCUUGAUCCGUCUGUGGCUGCAAGAUCCCAUGAUCAUGCAGGAGAGUGAGGAUGAAGAGAUAAACGAGGGAAAUGAGACCAGGGGAAAUAACUUCAUUCACACGUCAAUUGGGAAGCGGCUGCUCUGGUGGAAAGCACAUCAGAAAACUGAGGAAAGAAAUCUCAUUUCCACUCAGGACGGCUACAGCACCUCAGAGGUAGUGGUGGUUAACUCUAACGGGACGUCGUUUGACUAUGUUUCCGCCGUGCCCAUUGAGAACGGACCGGUCAGUCUGGACAUUUACUCAACUCCUCAGUACAAAGUGGAUCAGCCUGUGGAAUUUGAAGAGAAGACGGAUGAAAACACAAAUGAGAUCUUGGACUCACAGCUGGAGGAGGAAGAGGAGAAGACAGAUGUGGAAGAGGAAGAAGAGGAGGAAGAGGAGGGCGGGCCGUCGGGCGCUCUCAUAAAAGUGUUCAAGUUCGUCAUGAAGCAGAGCUACAUCUGUGCUCUUAUUGCUAUGAUGGCAUGGAGUAUAACAUACGUUAGCUGGCUGACGUUUGUCUUUCUGCUGUGGUCCUGUACUCUGUGGAUGGUGCGAGACCGGAGGAAAUACGCCAUGAUGACCUCGCCGUUCAUGGUGGCCUAUGGGAACCUCCUGCUAGUCCUUCAGUAUAUCUGGUGUUUUGAACGCUUGGAUCCAGUGCCAGGUUUCUUUCUGAAAAUGGAGGUGCCCUUCACUGAGCUGUCCACCAAGGUUCUGUGUCAGCUGAGUUUCUGGCUUCUGCUCAGACAAACUUUGAUGGAGCGACAAGAGAAGAUGGAAGAGGAAGCAGCGCUUUGUGACGUCAAAGUAGAUGGGCAGAAAAAAGAGGAAGAAAAAGACAAAGAGGAAGAGGAGGGCGACGAGAAUGACCUGAUGCAUGUGAUUGGGAAACUAGUGAUGGCUAUGCUGGUGAAAUACUGGAUCUAUGUUUGCGGAGGAAUGUUCUUCUUCGUCAGCUUCGAAGGAAAGAUGGUCAUGUACAAGAUCAUCUACAUGAUGAUGUUUCUGUCCUGCGUGGCUCUUUACCAGGUGCAUUAUGAGUGGUGGCGCCGGAUCCUGAAGUACUUCUGGAUGUCUGUGGUGGUUUACACCAUGCUAGUGCUCAUCCUAAUCUACACCUGUCAGUUUGAGAACGCCAUCAGCACCUGGACCAAUAUGACGGGCAUGUCAAAAGACGUACUGAGGGACAUCGGUCUGGAGAAGUACGUCCUCUCGGAUCUGUUCACCCGCAUCUUCAUCCCCACGUCCUUCCUGUUGGUCUGCAUCCUGCACCUGCAUUACUUCCACGACCGCUUCCUGCAGCUCACCGAUCUCAAAGCCGUCAUCAGCAAAGAGGAGAGCACCAUUUACAGCUAUACUAAAGUCAGUGGUCGUAUCUAUCUGAUCGUGGAUAGCAUCAAGCAAAAAAUCUCUUCUCCUCAGAGCAAACUGGCUCAUCCUGACGGGAGUCUGGCCGAUCUGACGAUGAUGAGCACGUCCCCAGAGCCGCUGCUGAAGGAGGAGAAGGAGAAGGAGAAGGAGUCCAUGAACGAGGUGGCGCUGGUCGUGGACUGUGUGGACGAGGAGAAGAAGAAAGAGUCUCUGUCCAUCCAUUCAGCUCAUCUGUCCAGUCAGGAGGACAUUCAGCAGUUCAGUGCCACCACAGAUCCUGAACUGCCCUCAGAACAGAGCUCAGAUCUCAGGAAUAAAUGGCACUUGGUGGUGGACCGGCUCACGGUCCUGUUCCUCAAGUUCCUGGAGUCCUUCCAUAAGCUGAAGCUCUUCGUCUGGUGGCUGCUGGAGAUGCACAUCAUCAAGAUCGUGUCCACUUACAUCAUCCUGCUGUCUGUCAAAGAGGUUUCGCUGCUGAACUACGUGUUUUUGAUCUCCUGGGCGUUUGCGCUGCCGUACAAGCAGUUUCGAGUUCUUGCUUCCAGCGCUUGUACCAUCUGGACGUGUGUUAUUAUCGUCUGCAAGUUGUUUUAUCAGCUAGAGACUAUCGAACCCGAAAAUUACUCAAGUAAUUGUACUAAGCCAUCGAACUACUCACAAGAUCAAAAGAUGUACAUGAAUAACUCCCUACUGUACUGGAAGCCUGUGGAUCCCGCCAACUGGGUUGGACUGGAGAAGUUUAAAGAUAUACUGCCCAACCUGAGGAAUAACUUGCUGAUGUUGGCCAUCUUGGCGUUUGAAGUCACCGUUUACAGACAUCAGGAGUUUUUCCGUCUCAGAAAUAAACUCUCUCCUCCUCCGUCUCGAACCAUCUUUCACGACAUCACCAGACAACACCUCGACAACGGCAUCAUCGACUGCGCCAAAUACUUCAUCAACUACUUCUUCUACAAGUUUGGUUUAGAGGUGUGUUUCCUGUUGGCGAUCAAUGUGAUGGGUCAGCGGAUGGAUUUCUACUCCAUGCUGCACGGUUUGGCUCUGGCUGUGGUGAUGUACAGACGCCGGAGGAAAGCCAUCGCUGAGAUCUGGCCCAAAUACUGCUGCUUCCUGGCCUGCAUGAUCACCUUCCAGUAUUUAAUCUGCAUUGGAAUCCCACCUGCUGCUUGUAAAGAUUAUCCGUGGAGGUUUCCUGGAGCCAUGUUGGAUUCGGAUGUCAUUAAAUGGCUUUACCUUCCUGAUUUCCACACUCAACCCAACUCCAUGUUCCUCGUCUAUGAUUUCAUGCUACUGUUGUGUGCAUCGCUGCAAAGGCAGGUGUUUGAUGAUGAAAACAAAGCGGCCGUUCGUCUGAUGGCCGGAGAUAACGUGGAGAUCUGCCGAGAUCUAGACGCGGCGUCCUUCAGCGUUCACAACCCCGUACCGGACUUUAUUCACUGCAGGUCGUACCUGGACAUGCUGAAGGUGAUCAUGUUUAGCUACCUGUUCUGGUUCGUCCUGACCAUCAUCUUCAUCACGGGCACGACUCGGAUCAGCAUCUUCUGCAUGGGUUACCUGGUGGCGUGUUUUUACUUCUUGCUCUUUGGAGGCAAUCUCUUGCUCAAGCCAAUCAAGAAGAUCCUCCGUUACUGGGACUUCCUCAUAGCUUACAAUCUUUUUGUCAUCACAAUGAAGAACGUCUUUGCUAUUUUGGCAUGUGGUUAUAUCAAGCAUUUGGUGAAGAAUAGCUGCUGGUUGGUUCAGCUGCUCAGUCUUGCCUGCACCAUAAAAGAAUACAAAGCUCUAGAAGGCGUGUCUAUAAAUGGAUGUGAGGUGCCGAAGGAUGAGGCUGGGAUCAUCUGGGACAGUAUUUGCUUUACGUUCCUUCUGCUGCAGAGGCGCGUCUUCAUGAGCUACUACUUCCUGCAUGUGGUUGCGGACAUCCGUGCUGGACAGAUUCUUGCAUCUCGAGGAGCCGAGUUGUUUCAGGCCAGCAUUGUGAAGGCCGUGAGAGCUCGUCUGGAGGAGGAGAAGAGAUCCAUGGAGCAACUGAAGAGACAGAUGGAUCGUAUUAAGACGCGACAGCAGAAGUUUAAGAGAGGAAAGGAGAAAAUGCUCAGCAUGGCUCAGGAGUCUGGAGACGAGCAGAAACUCAUCCAACCUGACGACAACGAUGAUGAUGAUGAUGAGAGAAAGAAAAACAAGGUGCAAAAAAAGCAGUGGUGGAGGCCUUGGGUUGACCAUGCGUCCAUGGUUAGAAGUGGUGAUUAUUACCUGUUUGAAACUGACAGUGAAGAGGAGGAGGAAGAGGAGGAGAAAAAAGAUGAAGAACUGCCCAAGAGAUCAGCCUUCCAGCGAGCGAUCAGAAAGUUUGCUUCGGCCCUCGUGGCUUUACCCAGAUCAGUCAUUAAACUGCCCAAAACUGUUCUGCAGUAUUUAAUAAGGGCGGCCAAGUUUGUUUACCACACCUGGAUCGCUGAAUCUAAAGCAGCCCUGAAAGAAAGAGGCAAAGGGAGACGUCAUUUCUGGAAGCGAUACGGCCGCAGACGUAAAAAAGAUAAGAAAGAAGGUCAUGUGGCGAUAGAGAUCGGUGAGGAAGACCGUCAGAGUUCAGAGGAAGACAAAACGGACGGACCAGACAACAUCUUUAAGAGGGUCUUCAACAUCAUCAAGUUCACCUGGGUGUUAUUUCUGACCACCGUUGAGAGCAUCACCAAGUGGCUGAACUCCGUCUGCAGGGAAUACAUCGACAUCUCCACCGUUCUGCGCAUUGAACGCUGCAUGCUGACCAGAGAAGUCAAAAAGGGAAACGUGCCGUCCCGCGAAAGCAUCCACGUGUACUACCAGAAGCAGAUGAAACUGAACGGAUCUCGUGAAUCUGGACUGGACCGGAUCAGUGAGGAGGACUCGUGCUCAAACAGAGAGCGCCGCAGACGGGCCGGACACAGUUUGGAUUCCUUCGCUUCUAGAGACAGCAUCUCCAGCGCAUACACCGAAGCCACCAUGCUGUUUUCCCGUCAGUCCACCUUGGAUGACUUGGACGACAUGCCUCAGAAUAUUCCCAAAACCAGCGAACGCGCUCGUCCCAAACUACGCAAAAUGUAUGGUUUGGACAUGUCUAACUCUUCUGCGGACAGUGGAAGCAGCGUCAUGUCCAGUGAAGCUACCCAGUGCGUCACACUUUUCUCUCGGCAAGGAACCAACGACACCAUAGACGAGGUCGAGGACGAGAAAGAACAGGUGGAGGUAAAAAAGAAAGAAACCGCGGAGAUUGUUGAAGACACACCUGAAGGAACAGAUCAUGAGGAAAUAAAAGAGGAAGAAGUGAAACAGGAAGCGACGAUUGAGCUGCCAGAAGAAGUGACACCGGAAGUGACUGAUGAGCUGGCAGAGGAAGAGACACGAGAAGUGACGGAUGAUCCGGCGGAGGAAGCGACAGAAGAAGUGGAAGAGGAAAUCCAAUGGGAUCUGGUGGAUCCAGAGGAAGCAGUUGAAGAUGUUCAGGUUCCUCAGCUGGAAUUUGAGGAGCAUCAAGAGGAAGCACAGUGCAUUACUGAAGAUGAGGAGGGCGAACAGCCAAUCCGACAGGAUGAAGGUGAAUCAUCAGAACCCGAGAAUGUGCAAACGGACGUGGUCAGCGGGCAGCUUUUCACCCCGGACACAGACGCCCCCAACACCUCGGACGCUGACGUGCCGCCCAGCUACAGCAAAGCCGUGAGCUUCGACCGUCUGUCUGUGAGCUCGGAUGAAAGUGACAGCGACAAACGUCUGAUGCUGAUGACGCCCGACAGCAAAUCCGAUCUGGACGACCCUCUGCUGCCCUCCAUGACCACCGAUCUGACCGCCAGCGAACUGCUGCUCAACAAAAUGUUCUACGAUGAGGAACUGGAAAACUCUGAUCGUUUCUAUAAAUCGCAGCCGCUUGGACUCCAGCUGUGUUAUGCUCUCUAUAACCUGCUGGUGGCGCACUCUGAGAUGGUCUGUUACCUGGUCAUCAUUCUCAACCACAUGAUCUCGGCUAACAUGGCGACGCUGGUGCUGCCCAUCCUCAUCUUCCUGUGGGCGAUGCUCUCCGUUCCUCGGCCCAGCAAGCGUUUCUGGAUGACGGCCAUCGUGUACACAGAGGUCACCAUCGUCAUCAAAUACUUCUUCCAGUUCAGCUUUUUCCCAUUCAACCAGAACGUGGAAGUCAGCAAGGGGAAGCCGUACCAUCCGCCCAACAUCAUUGGCACGGAGAAGAAAGAAGGAUACGUGCACUAUGACCUAGUUCAGCUGCUGGCGCUGUUUUUCCACCGAUCCAUACUAAAGUGUCACGGUCUCUGGGAUGAAGACGACCCUAAAACGUCCCGGAAGGAUGAGUGUCUUCAUCAGGACGAGUCUGUGGACGAGGGGAAGAUGUCAGUGUCGAUUCCCUCUGAGGAAGACAGGAAGAGUUCUCCAGCGUACUCGCUCAAGUCCGUGAACCUCGGCAUGUCCGUGGACACGUCCCAGGUGCACGUGCAAAUGCGAUACCCUGAGCAUCGACCUUACCUGCAGCGACAGAGCACUAGCGGAUCUUACCUGUCCCACCGCUCAUCUGUACGCUCCAAACGCGGCAGCACAAGCACAAGGAACAGCAUUCGUAGGGAAAACAGCACCACAGAGCCGGAAGUACCGCAGAAGAGCCGGAAAGACAUGAUUAUGGAGAAGAUCCGAGAGCAGCUCAUCAAAGUAAAGGUUUAUGUGAUCAAAAAAUUGGUUGAGUUCUAUCAGCCCAUCCAUCAGUUCUUCUAUAACCUGAUCCAUCCCGAGUACAACGCCGUGACGGAUGUUUACGUCUUGAUGUUUCUAGCAGACACUGUUGAUUUCAUCAUUAUUGUCUUUGGUUUCUGGGCAUUUGGGAAACAUCAGGGAGGUGCUGAUAUCACAUCCUCACUGUCAGAAGACCAGGUUCCCGGGCCGUUCCUCGUCAUGGUGCUCAUCCAGUUUGGCACGAUGGUGGUGGAUCGCGCUCUAUACCUCCGCAAAACGGUGAUGGGAAAACUGAUUUUCCAGGUCAUCCUGGUGUUUGGCAUCCAUUUUUGGAUGUUUUUCAUCCUACCAGGAAUCACAGAGAGGCGCUUCAGUCAGAACACUAUCGCUCAGCUGUGGUACUUUGUGAAAUGCAUUUACUUCGGCCUGUCGGCGUAUCAGAUCCGCUGCGGAUAUCCGACUCGCAUACUGGGAAACUUCCUCACCAAGAGCUACAACUACGUCAACCUCUUCCUCUUCCAGGGGUUCCGUCUGAUCCCGUUCCUGACAGAGUUGCGUGCGGUGAUGGACUGGGUUUGGACGGACACGACACUCAGCUUAUCUAGCUGGAUCUGUGUGGAGGACAUCUACGCACACAUCUUCAUCCUCAAAUGCUGGAGGGAGUCAGAGAAGCGUUACCCUCAGCCACGAGGGCAGAAGAAAAAGAAGGUUGUGAAGUAUGGAAUGGGCGGCAUGAUCGUGAUGCUCCUGAUCUGCAUCGUUUGGUUCCCCCUGCUCUUCAUGUCUCUGAUCAAAUCCGUGGCAGGAGUGGUCAACACACCACUGGACGUGUCCGUCACGCUAACGCUGGGAGGACUUCAGCCGAUCUUCACAAUGAGCGCCCAGCAGAAUCAUCUAAAAAACACCUCCUCCACUGAUUUUGCCAAUUUUUUACGUUUAUACAGCACGAAUGCAAAUGCCAUGCAGUUCCUGGAGUCUUAUGUUCAUGAGGAUUUGACAGUAGCAGUACUAGAAGGAAGUUCCAACUCACUCUGGACCAUCAGCCCCCCGAGCAAGCAGAACCUCAUUAAAAUGCUGAGUGAGACAAAGGACAAGUUUCCUCUCACCUUCACCUGGUCCAUACAGAGGAACCUCAGUUUAGGUGCCAAAGCAGAAACCGCAAUAGGGAAACACUAUAUUGACCUGAAACAUGAAACCAGAAAACAGCUAAUGAAACUACUGAGUGAUGACAACCAAAACGGAACUGAAAAGGCAGUGCUCAUCGAAGGCAUUUUUCCAAGAUACAUCAGAGCACCAAGCGACUCCAAUGCCAGGCCUAUUGAGCAGCUCUACAAAAAAGAGAAAGAAUACAUGAACAUCAUACUGUCUCUACAUAAAUCCAGCACAAAUAGCACAGAGGGCGUUCAGGAGUGGUGGAUCGUGAAUCAGACAGAAGCAGGGCCGUUACCUGUGGCCAGGGAUGCAAGCAACCCUGGUCUGGAGUUCUACAUCUUCAGUGACCAAGUCAGUCCACCCAGUCUGGGCUUUCUGGCUGGUUAUGGGAUCAUGGGUCUGUACAUGUCGGUGGUUCUGGUUAUCGGGAAGUUUGUGCGCGAGUUCUUCAGCGGGAUCUCGCACACCAUCAUGUUCGAAGAGCUGCCUAACGUGGACCGGAUCCUCAAGCUCUGCACCGACAUCUUCCUGGUCCGAGAAACGGGAGAACUGGACCUGGAAGAAGACCUGUACGCCAAACUCAUCUUCCUCUACCGCUCUCCAGAAACCAUGAUCAAGUGGACCAGAGAGAAGAGUGAGUGAGUGAGAAUGAGGACGCCGACCUUCGGAGAAACUCCACACUAACCACGAGAAGCACAAAAGUGGGAAUUGAGCCUCCUUCCCGAGGAGCCAUGUUCUUCGUGCUAACUGAUGAAACGUUAGCACUCGUGUAGUUUUCAUCCAGUGGACGUGCACUUGCUAGUGUUUUUAAGGGCUUGACAAGUGAACUUUAGGGCUUCCAGGCAUGCGCCACUUUGAUACGACUUUCACCUUUGGGAGUGCAUGCGACGUGAUGGACAUAGACGAGAAAUACUCAACCUACUUUAGACUCGGGCUUGAUUUUUAACAUCUCUCUGAAUUCUGAAGACGCAAAAGCGGUUUUGCAGGAAGCGGAACCGAAGCCCUGUAGGCGGCGCUGUGAAUUACGUGACAAUCUCUAUUUGCCUUAUUUCCUUUGUACAAUCAUCUAGAUGCAUCAUUAUCCACUACCUUUCUCAGGAAUACAUUCGGAUCAUUUCACGACGACGGGAUAUCAACCUUUUUCCUCAUGUACGACAAAGUGUGAAGAGGAACGUACGCAACAGUAAUAACUUUACUCCUCUGAGACUUUAAGGAGAUCAUCCGUCAUGUAUGAACAGAUUUGGGAGGUGGAAAGGACGUUUGGUGAUUUAUAAGGCUUGAAGUACUGUAUAAGGACUUUUCAUAACUCAAGGGAGAUUGUUUUCACAUUACGAUGAAUGAUUGAUCAGUUUCAGCAACUUGGGUUUAUUGUGAACUUAAAGAACCUCGUUUGUUAAACAGAGAAUUUCAGUGUGUUUCUGUGUACAUUUCUUUGUAAAUCAAAAUGAUUUUAGGAAUAAUUUACACAAAUUGGUUCAGAAUGAUAUUUGAAUGCGUUUCUUCAUAAACUCAAGUCAUUAUUUACACACAGAUUUGUUCAGAACAAAUUUUUGAAUGGCCUUCUCUAUAUUUCUUCACAAAGCCAAGCGGUUUUAUGAACAAAUUGCAUAGAAAUUUGAUCAGAAUGAAUUUUAAGUGUUUCUUCCAAAUGAUUUAAUUCCAUGAUCAAACUUGAGUGAUUUACAUUGAAAUUUGUUCAGAACAAAUAAUUUUUAAUGUUUCUUCAUAAAUUCAAUUGAUUUUAUGAAGAAAUUUGUUCAAAAUUAAUCUUUGUUUCUGUAUACAUUUCUUCAUAAAUCCACAUGAUUUUAUGGUUGAUUUACACAGAAAUAUGUUCUGAAUGAAUUUUGAAUGUGUUUCUGUCUACAUUUAUUCAUAAACCCACAUGAUUUUAUAAAGUAUUUACACAAAAAUUUGUUCUGAAUGAAUUUUAGAUGCAUUUCUAUGUACAUUUCUUCAUAAAUCCAAAUGAAUUCAUGAGUAAUUUACAAAGAAAUUAAUUUAGAAUUAAUUUAAAAUGUGUUUGUGUGUAUAUUAAUUCAUAAAGCCACAUGAUUUUGUGGAAGAUUUCAGCAGAAAUAUGUUCAGAAUAAAUUUGAAAUAUGUUUCUGUGUAAAUUUCUUCAUAAAUCUUAAUGAUUUUAUAUAUGAUUUACAGAGAAAUGUGUUCUGAAUUAUUUUUAAAUGAAUUCCUGUGCAAAUUUCUUCAUAGAGCCAAAUAAUUUUAUGAGUUAUUUACAUAGAAAUGUGUUUUAAAUGCAUUUCUGUAUAUAUGUCUUCAUAAAUCCACAUGAUUUUGUGGAAGAUUUAAGCAGAAAUCUGUUCAGAACACAUUUUAAAUGUGUUUCUGUGUACAUUUCUUCAUACAUCCACA